AUGGAAGUUCGCAAUGCGGGCGCUCCAUUAAAGGCCGAAUCGUCGCCAGACUCACGAUCGCCCUCACAGUCCCAGUCAUCCGACUCACAAUCUCCAUCGCAGCCCCCGUCGCGCACGAAACGACCCUCAUCCGAGCCUGUCCCGCCUCGAAAACGCGUCCGCCGCUGGCACCAUCGCGGAUUUACGGGGUGCUCGACCUGUCGCCGUCGGCAUGUUCGCUGCGACGAGGCGUCUCCGACGUGCAAGAACUGCACGCGCCUGGGGCUCGAGUGCGAUGGCACGCAGGGUCGGAUGACCUUUAAAGUCUAUGGGCCAUCACAGGCGCAGGAUGCAGGCCAGGCACCCAGGCAGCAGAAGAAGGGCAGUAGCAGCCCCGAAUCCCUGGGCGAGUCGUGCUUCACAAGUACUUUCUCUGUGAAGCUCGAAGGCGAGAAGGAGGGGGACUGCGAAGCCCUGGUGGUAUCACCGACGACAGUGCCGCAAUGGUCGGGCCAGACUCAAUUCCGUUUCCAACAACCGCUUUUCCAGACAGACCUCCGAUCAUUGACGAUUCAAUGUACCGACGAGCAUUACUUUUCCCAUUUUGUCAAUCAGGUGUCGAGCCUGUUGAUCAUAUACGAUACCCACAUCAAUAUCAAUCCAUAUCGCAGCUAUUUCCCGGAAUUCGCGCGGUCGUCUCCCUCGAUGGUUGGCGCGAUGCAGGCACUAGGCGCAUUGCAUCUGGCAAACACUUCGGUCGGCGCCAAGCGUAAUCAACAUUUCCAGCAGGCAAUGGGGAAGUAUGGGCAGGUUGUGAAGAUGUUCCGGGAUCGGUACGCUCUUCCUGGCGGACAACUUGGAAUGAGGGACUUUGCGACCUGUUUGUUGUUGUGUCUAUUUGAGAUGAUGGACUCGCAACACCAAAACUGGGACGUCCACCUCAAGGGCGCGCGGGAAAUCUACAACCUCCUCUUCUACCCGCAUCCCGGCAGCGCUGCCCGCGAAGCACAACGACUCGUCGAGAUCAACCACCCUCUCCGGCCCUUCCUCGUCUCGUUGCUCUCAUAUCUAGAUGUGGCUGGUGCAUGUGCGCGACCAGGUGGCACAGUGGUGACGGGAAGUUACUGGAAGACACUCGGAGGUGGAUGGGAGUAUAAUCUCGGGAUCCCGAGUCUGUCUACCUCGCCUCUUCCGGAUGAUCCACGCCUGCUGGAGUUACGACAAGCCUGGUCAAGUAUGAUGGAAGUUCAGACUGCGAUCAGCACGUUUGCCCGCGAUAAAGAGUGGAUGUCCCCGGAUCACCAGGAUAUGGUGUACAAGAAGAUAUUCCACCAGCUGGUAGCUUGGCGCGCUAGCACGCCGAUCAGCCUACAAUUGCUUGGAGAUAUGGAUUUGGACGAUGAGACUUUGCAAGGAUUCCCGUAUCCCGAUAUGUUGGAAUACGUUGGGUGCGUGGAGGCCUAUGAAAAGGCGACUUUCGUGCGCCUGCAUCAGGUAGCUGGAGCCGGUCGGCCAAAUUGGAUCUCCGACCGCGCCUAUCUAGACAUGCUUAUCACGCGAAUUCUGACGCUGAUCCGCAAACUUUCCAAGGACGUGGGUCAGUUGGCUGUCUUGUGGCCUCUUUUCAUCGCCGGCCAGGAAACCCGCAAGGAAGCAGAGCAGCGGUAUGUUCAGCAAACCAUGCACGAGCUUAAGCGAUUCGGCUUCAGGAAUGUUGACAAGGCGCUGGAGCUCCUCGAAGGCGUUUGGUUUAAGCGGCGUGCGUUCCCUGAAGGCUGGACGGAGACACUAGAGGAGAUCCAAACCAAUAUCCUCUUGCCCUGA